AUGUCGACUUUAAGUCAUCACCCGUAUGCGUUCUCAAUGCAUCCUGGCAUGUUGCCGGAGUAUCCGAGCGCACCUCAGCCGCUGCCCGCGUCUUCUCCUCAGUCGGAGGGCCACAUCAAGAGACCUAUGAACGCUUUCAUGGUCUGGUCGAGGCUUCAGCGCCGGCAAAUCGCAAAGGACAACCCUAAGAUGCAUAAUUCGGAAAUUUCCAAACGUCUUGGCGCUGAAUGGAAGUUGCUAACGGAAAUGCAGAAGAGACCAUUCAUUGAUGAAGCGAAGAGGCUUCGCGCGCUGCAUAUGAAGGAGCACCCGGACUAUAAAUACAGGCCAAGGAGGAAGCCCAAACCUCCCACACCCGGCUCUGCUCCUGGCGCUGGCGCAUUCCCAAGCUUCCCACUACCUUACUUUGCGGGCCCAGCACCUACUGUGGGACAUUUAGAUGCCUUGUCGUAUUCCGCAGUACCACCAUAUUUCCCACAUCAGUUGGACCAUCUUCAGUUCUCCAAAUUAAUGGCUCCGUCUGCUGAAAAGUUGCCGACGGCGUCAUCAGCUGCUGCCGUAGUGUCAUCUUUCUAUUCAUCACUGUACACGCAGCCGGCUCCACCGAAACAUUUCUCAUCACCUCUGUUCCACCAGUAUGGGGCAGCGCCUUCAUCACCUGUGUCUCCGGUGACUCCGACCCAGCACAGCCCGCACGAUGACCAGCUCAGGCGGCCGGUGUCCGUCAUAUAU